GUACUUGCUUUUAUGCGGUCCCUGCACUUAAGAACGGCCCCAAACGUGACCGCAUGGACUGACACGCUGGAAGAUGUGCUUGGGAACAUGGGCUACAAACUACCGAAAAGGGAUAACCUCAGGCGACGCUUUCAUCGUGCAUUUCAUUGGUAUCGCGUUUUGAUCAUGCGGUGCGACUCGUUUUGGCAGGACGUGAUUGAGGGGCACCGGUCUUCAUCCUCGUCGGAACAAGACGUGACUGAGGGACACCAUUCUUCGUCAUCAUCAGAGCAGGACGUGAUCGAGGAGACCUCUUCUCCGUCAACGUCAGAGCAACCGUCACGGUAUCUGCGGCAACGAUGUGAAUUGUGUUUCGGAGGGAAAGACUGGCGUACAGCAGAGCGCCACAGCCCAGACGUUAUCGCUUGCAUUGACGCCUGCUUCACGCAAAAGCGCUCCGCGACUCAUCACAAGGACCAAGGACGAGACCCCGAGAAUCCGACAGAAACUCUCUUCCUGAGGGAAGACGACGUGAAAGCUGUCGAACACGUUGUCGAUGCAAAGAGAGGGAGUAAGGGAACGAGGCGGCCGACGAACACCGGGACCACCGAGGAGGAUUCAAAGGAACCCGGUAUGCGAGUCCCUAAAUCAGCACUGGAGAGCUGUCAUGAGAGCUUCAAGGCGGCCGACGACAAACGAGAGAAGGCGAGCAUGCGCUUUUUCACGGAUACAGGGCUGAUGGCUUUGUUAUGUCGUCACGAUCGUGUUCUC